AUACGCCCAUCCGAUACAGUAUCAGCGCGUUUCUAAUGACGCUCGGCUGAGAACGCCAGAGAAACGCCGGAGGGUUGAUUUCGCCGUUCAUUGUGGACUCAGCCUCCUCCUUCACUCCACUAGUCCGCUCUUUUUUCAUCAUGGCUCCCUCGCUAGACAGGCAAGGCUACUGGGGACGGCCGACUUCAACGCUUGACUGGUGCGAGGAGAAUUAUGUCGUGUCGUAUUACAUCGCCGAAUUCUGGAACACGGUGAGCAACCUGAUCAUGAUCUUGCCUCCCCUGUACGGAGCGCUGCAGACGUACAGGGACGGCCUGGAGUUCCGAUACACCUGCUCCUUCCUAGGGCUCGCAGCGGUCGGUGUUGGCUCCUGGUGCUUCCAUAUGACCCUGCAGUAUGAGAUGCAGUUACUGGACGAGUUGCCGAUGAUAUACAGCACAUGUUUCUUUGUUUACUGCUUAUACGAAUGCUUCAAGGAAAAAAACACCAUAAGUUUUCUCACCAUCAUGGUAUUAUCAGUCUUCAGUGUCUCAGUCAGUGUGGUCUACCUUCAGUGGAAGGAGCCCGUGUUUCAUCAGGUCAUGUACGGUGCGCUCGUAGCUGCCCUAGUAAUUCGAUCCAUCUUCAUAGUCACCUGGGUCUACCCCAGGCUCAGGUCUCUGUCUUACAUCUCUCUAGGGGUAUUCCUGUUAGGGUUCUUGCUGUGGAAUAUUGACAACCUACUCUGUGACUCUUUAAGAGCCAGUAGAAAAACUCUGCCCCCUGGUCUUGGGGUAGUGACACAGUUUCAUGCCUGGUGGCAUAUCUUCACAGGCUUGGGGUCCUACCUACACAUAUUGCUCAGCCUUCAGAUCAGAUUAAGCUACCUCAAGUACAGAUCAAAAGUGAAGUUUUUAUGCGGCGUGUGGCCAACAUUGCACAUUGAGCCUCAGAAGACAGGCUGAAGACAGGUUGGCCAGUCAACAUGUGGUGGCUGCCAUCACCAGGCACAAAAACAACAAAGCACGGACCCUGCCAAUGACCUAGCUCUCUACCACAGCUGGGGAGUGUCAUCGCACCAGAUGGGCAGGGGUUCCUCAAGGCACCACCAAUGAUACCCUCAGAUUUUACAUUGAGGGCUUGCUAAGAUCAGUAUAACAUUAGGAAGUCUUCGGAGAUGGAAGUAGUAUUUUAAAUAAAUGUUAUUAUUAUGAUUAUUGUGUCGUUGUUGCUGAACCUGCCACAAAAGUCUUAUAAGAUGCCAAUAAAUUGUAAAACAAAACAAAAAUAAACGUCAGAAGCAAGGCAAAACGUUUAUUGAGAUCUGCAUUGCGACAUUGACGAUAUUUUCUUAACAUAGUCCAAGGGAAAUGGUUCCAUAACCGGGGAAAGGUACUUUAAGACUGUAGGGGUAGGUGCAACUGAAGUUGGCUUGCAAUCUUAUACUCAAAGGAGGUUUAUUUACAAUGUGAUUGUGGUUAAACCAUUUAAUAUAGCUUCUUCCCUUGUUAAGUUGUUUAACUUAAAUCAGGUACUAAUAAAGCUUUGAGCUAAUCCAUGUUGCGUGUCGAAAUGUGAUUUCAAAAUUGAAAUACCCGGGGUAUUUUGUUUCUAAUAUUUUUUGUUAGAUUUGGGUAUUUAUAUGAUUUCAAUGUCAUUGGCACAUAUAUUAAAGGUACCUAAAGAAAUUCAGUUCUUAUGAUGAAAUAUACAUGUAACCACAAGAUGGCAUAGUGUUCUAUAUAUCACUCAUUGUUUGUUGUAUUAGUUUCAUAACAAGUGGAAAACGACCUGACUUUACCAUUGUGUUUCCUGAACCAUAUUGUUCUAUGCUAUGAAGGCUAUUGGUUUUUACAAAUUGGGGGAAAAAAGUUGUAUAGGUAUUCAAAAAAAGUUUGAAUACCUAUAAAAACAGCAUUUGAAACGGCCUGGAGAAUAUUCCUGUGUAUGACUUGAAUAUAGUUCAAGACUGUUCAUAUAUAUGUAAGGUUAUCUUUGUAUGAUGAUAUAAAGGCCGAAAUCAGGUUUUAAAGUUCUAUGUAGUAUCAUCACUGAUGUAUUUCACCGUGCUGGCAGUAAACCUCAUUGAUAUCGCUUCGAAAAACUGUAGGAACGUUAAGGGUGACCUCAUGAGAACAGACACUGUUUUGCAUAUGUUAGUGUUACAGAGUAUGAGACGUUUGUAGCCUGGUAGAGAGGGUCAACACUUGUCAACGAGUGUGCCUUAUUUUUAUUCUAAGUAUGAUCCGAGAUGCCUUGAAGUUCUAAACAAAGGAAAAUAGCUAAAUCGUAUUCUCUUUCCCUCUUUAGACUACUGUUACUACACUUACUAAUGUAAGCCAUCACAGCUUUAAAAGGGAUGUAAAAAAAUAACACCCUAUUUAUUGUAUGCAAAUUAAUAUGUAUUCAAACCGACCAUUCCAAUGUAUGUGUUUCACUUUUAAGGUGUUUAUAGUUUAUGGUUUUCAUAACAUUUGGACUGUAGCUGUACUGUAAAAAGAAAAAUGAACUACAUUGUAACACUAAUCAUUGUUUUCUUCUUUCUUUUGUAAUGUUUGAGCUGUGUGCCCAUCUUCAUAUUAUUUGUUGCCAUAUUAAAGAUGGUGAAAACA